UGGGCAUUUAUUGUAGGUUUUGGGCUUCAUAAGGUUUGGACUAUAGCAUUUGAAUAGCAGACUGAUCUUUCUGUAUACUAAGAUAGACUACUUUAACAAUUAUUUAUGUUUAUCGUUAGUCUUAGAUUUUUUAUCUUCCCCUUUCAUUUGCCUUUUCUCUGCUUCAAUUCGAUUAGAGAUGCUACUUGCUGAAAACAUCUGACAUCUUAAAAGUAUGUCCUGUUGCCAACUUCACUAGAUUAAAAUGUUAAUCAACUCAUCUCAAUUUCAGAACAUAGGGAUUUUUAGCACUGUCCGUUUAACUGUUUUUAACGUUCUUCAGUUUCCAAAAGUAAAAAAAUGCCCACCAAUAGUUUGAAGUGUUAUAUGUCCUUUGUGCAACAAUUCUUCUGUGGAGUCCAGCUCCACAACAUGAUAUUUAAUCUAGGAAAUGCUUAGGUUUUUUUGAUGUGUUGAACUCUGUCACAGAAGUUGAGCUUGGUAAUAUCUGGACAUCUGAUUAAAACAUGUUUUGUCUAGGGUGCUGUUGAGAGUUUGCUAGAAUGUAGUACACACGUUCAACUUGCAGAUAGAUCAACUGCUCCAAUUGACGAGUCUUGUAGGCAACUAUUGUUGUCGAGGCUCUUGGAGAUGAGCUCAAAGGGUCUGCGGUGCUUGGGCUUGGCAUAUAAAGAUGACUUAGGUGAGCUUUCAGGAUACAAUGUUGAGACUCAUCUUGCCCACAAGAAGCUGCUUGAUCCGUCCUCCUGCUGCUCCAUUGAAAGUGAUCUAGUUUUUGUGGGAGUUGUUGGACUAAGGGACCCACCACAUGAGGAAGUUCACAAGGCAGUAAAUGACUGCAGAAGAGCUGGGAUCAAAAUCAUGGUUAUAACUGGAGACAAUAAAUCCACUGCUGAGGCCGUUUGCAGGGAAUUCAAUUGUUUUCUCAUGGUGAGAAUCUUAAGGGAAGUAGUUUUACUGGCAAAGAAUUCAUGGCACAAAUUGAGAUAUUGUCACAAGAUGGAGGCAAGGUAUUUUGUCGUGCUGACCCAGGCACAAACAAGAAAUUGUAAGGAUUCUGAGGGAGAUGGGUGAAGUAGUUGCAAUGACUGGAGAUGGCGUCAAUGAUGCACCUGCACUAAAACUUGCUGACAUUGGAAUAGCCAUGGGCAUUACAAGAACUGAGGUUGCAAAAGAAGCUUCUGAUAUGGUUCUGGCAGAUGACAAUUUCAGUACUAUAGUCUCUGCUGUUGCAGAGGGACGUGCGAUCUACAAUACCAUGAAGGCCUUCAUCAGAUAUAUGAUAUCAUCCAAUGUUGGUGAGGUCAUCUCCAUUUUCUUGACUGCUGUUUUGGGUAUACCAGAAAGUUUGAUACCUGUGCAGUUGCUCUGGGUAAAUUUGGUAACAGAUGGUCCACCUGAUACAGCUCUCGGAUUUAACCCUGCCGAUGUUGAUAUAAUGCAGAAACCACCUAGGAAGAGCAAUGAUGCUCUCAUAAACUCCUGGGGUUUCUUUCGUUAUAUGGUCAGUUUGGAUCGCUAUUUCUUAUUCUUCGAUGUGUAUUGCUAAUGUGGCUGCAUUUGUUUUGUAUUUUGCUACUUUGACGUCUCUUUUCUUACAAUCCUGCAUCAGAUACUGUCCUUUUGAGCAAGGGUCUUUCAGAAACACAGCCUCUCUACAAAGGUAAGG